AAGUCCACUGGUCACACUAUCAAAGCAAUCCAAUCCAAAAAAUAUUAAAUUUCCAUCGUGUCUGAAUAAAAAGUGCUAAGAUUGCAAAUUUGAUUGCUUAUGAUGGUUGUCCGUACUGCCGCCAUGCAAGCGGACUCAAGACAUUCUGAGCGCGUGAAAGAUCGCGUGUAUAUUGAUCCGAAGGUCAUGCAUGAGGAUGAUGAUGAGCGUGAGGAAGGCGAAAUUGUAGAUGAUUACGAUCCGAUAUCCUCGGAGGAUGAAGAGUUCAAGUUGCGUGCACGGAUCCAGCAGUUGGAGGAGAACAACAAGGAUGUGGAGCGGAUGGAUAUGCUGGCCGCAAAUUUGGCAAAUCAAUAUAAUUAUCCGGAGCUGGAGGAGCGAGCUUUGCGGCUACCACGGAAAUCGCCAGUCUUUUUGCUUUCCGAUGUGUCCAGCCAUUCGGAUGACGAAUACGAUUCCCAGCGCCAUUACCACAGAUCGAGACUGAGACGCAUAGACAAUGGCAGGAGAAGUGUUGGCCAGCUGCCGAAUGGUGUCUACAAGAGGACUGCACCUGCGCGGCGCUACAAGCCACAGCAUCUGCGAAAUCGGCAGCCGACCCAAAGCUAUAAGAGCUAUCAGCAUCAGAGGCCGAACCAUCAACAGCACUAUCACCAGCAGCAGCAGCAGGAUGCCAUAUUGCUGGACUCCUUCGAAAGCCUGACAGACGAAGAGAACUGCGAGUACGAUGUGACCUCCGAGAAUGAGGGCGAAGAUGUCCUGGAUCUGGAGCGCCUGAAGCUCAGCAGGGACAAGCUGCGCGUGGCUUUGGCCAGAGAGGAGCGGAAUGAUAUGCUCGGGCAGUACAAGAACAGCCUCAGGGAGCGACUGCAGUAUCCCCUGCGCAAGUCGCCCAAGAAAUACCCGACGAACAAAGAGCUGCUGUCGCCUUCAGCAGAGCAACUCACUGAUGGUCUCUGUCCGGAAGAGGAGGAGCAGGAGCAUGCGAUUCAGCCCGCUGAAGCAGCUGGAGAGACCGGUGAGCUUAGUCUGCGUCUGAUAGCCCUCAAGUCUGCUAUACUCAAAAAGCAUUUGGCGCGAAAGAAGCGCGAUGCGGAGCGGGCCUACUCACCGACCGACAUGAUAAACCGCGUCCAUCCCACAAUUAGUAACACGGAUGAAAUCGACGACCUCAUGGAGAUCAGUCCGGCUGCCUCGCCAGAUCGCGGUGCGAGUCCUUAUCGCAUGCAUGAUGCUGUUGACACCAAAUCGGUGGAUAUGGAUCUGGCCGAAACAGAUAGCGAUGAGCAGAAAGACAACUGGAAUACGUGGUCAAAUAAUUGGAAUUCAUUGGACACAGCUGGCGGUAGCUGGCGGUGCUUUAUGCCGAACAGCUCACUGCCGCCAGUAUCGAUGCCCAUUGUGAUAGACGAUGACGAUGAUCUGUAUGAUGAUGAGGAGCCGCCACCACCGCCGCCAUUCCAAAUUGCACACAUGCAUCUGGAUGAGGAUGCCAGGGAUGCCAUGCAUCUGGUCGAUGAGCAGAAUUCCAAUCACAGUUCCCUAACAUAUACUCAAUCUGUUUCCAUGGAAAACUCACAGACGCAAACGAAGAGCGUGGACAUAUCGCAUCCGGAAACUAGCGACGAUGAAGCUGGAGCCUUGCGCGCCAUGCUCCUGUCCAAUCUAAAGACAGCCAAGGAGCCAUCGUCUGCACCUGCACCUGCACCUACGCGUCCACCUCUUCUUCCGACGCCAGUCCUGCAUUAUCUGCCUCCCGCUCCUGUACCUGCCCCGUCUCUGGCCGUGUCUAUAACCAGAACGGAUUCAAUUGGGUCCCACGAUUCGGAUGAUCCGGAACAACUGCGCUCGCUGCUUCUGUCCAGCAUUGCCACCAAAAAGGGAAGAAGUUGCCCCACACUGAAGUCCCGUCUUAGCCCAGAGAUACUCAAGAAUGCGGUGCGACGCUUCCAGUCCUGUGCUGUUGAGGCGCCUCCUAAAGUGGACGAGCCAGAGGAGCCACAGGACGAUAUUCAGCAGCAGCCAAUUGAAGAAGGGGAGAAAAUGGAGCAAGAAGAGCCACUGCAGCUCAUCGUUGAGGCUCCUUCGAAGGGCCAAGAUUCAAACCAAUCCGCUAUGGAAACGGAGCAACAUCAUCAGCCUGAAUCUAGCCAAGUUUUGAGGUCCAAAGAUCCAACGUCACCCUCCACUAAAAUAAUAAAAAUUGUUAAACCCAACAAGGUGAUCAACAAAAAGACCACUACCAAACGCAAAAUUCCCACUGAGGAGCAAUCCUCCGCAAAGCUGAGCUGCAAGCGACCAACGACACUGAUGAUCAAGGAGCCCAGUGCCUCCGUGAAGGUCCAAAGCAACUCCUCGGUCACGCGACUGGUCACCAGUAUCGAUCGGGCCAGCAUCAAGGUGAGCAAGCUGAUCAUCAGCCUGGCCGAUGACUCGGCGGCGAGCGAUGAUAACCUGGAGCUGAGCUCGUGCUUUGACUGCUCCAAUUACACGGAAAACGCCAGUCCCCUCAGCCUGGCCAUGGGCAGUCCCAGUGGCUCCACAACCAGAUCGAAUACUCCCACCUCGGAGAUACUCGAAUCGGCUUCUGCAUCCACCUCCAAUCCCAACCUCAGGCGAUCGGUCAUGAGUGAUUACCUUGAGAAGAAGAUCGAUGACUAUUUGAAGCAGGCGCGUUCCAAGGUCCCAACACCAGGCACAAAUGGUACCAAAGAGCCUGAGACAGACAAGGCCCCAGAGAAGACGGCGGACGGGGAGAGGCUGGUGAAAAAUCCACCAAAAGCUGCCCCUUCGAAGACCCAACAGACAAAGAAAACUCCAGUGGCAGUGCGACAUUUGCCUGUGGCAUCGCAGAAGGAAUAUCUCCGGCUGGUCGAACGCAUGCAGUUGCUAGAACAGAAGAAGCUAACGACGGCCAAGAAAAAGGAGGCUGCGGCAGCAGCUGCCUCCGGCAAGGCAACAGCCGCCACAUUGGGGGAAACCACAAACGACCAUGACAAAGUGGUUCAAACGGCAGCCAUCAACAGCAGCAGCAGCAGCAGCAGUAGCCAGAGGGCAGCAAUCCCGAAUGAAACCAAAGCCAAAACCAAUGUGAAGCCAAAUCAACCGACUAGGGAGACGCGGCUAAAGUCCUUCGAGAGCUCAUUUGCUAGAAUCGGGGGAAGCAUGAUAGCAAAUUUGGAAAAGUCUAUGAAGCUGGUGGAGGAGGCCAAGAAGUCGAAGGCUGUGCGCCUGCGAUGCUCGCAUCGACUCAAAGAGCUCUACAGCGAGAUGCAGGCAGUUAGGCAGGUGGUCAAGCAGGAGGAAGUGAAGCUGGCCCGCAUUCAGCCGGAGAUUCAGACCAGCCACGAGAUCAUCAUAUCCCUCAAACAAAAACGCAACAAGCUCUACGCUGCAGCCAUGGACCUGGGCAAAGGAUUAAGUGGCGACGAGUACAGGUUGCUUGACGAGGGCAAGGCGGAAAUCACACGAAAAUCAACGCAACUCUCCAAGCAGAUCCGCCUAUACAACUCAAUAGUUAAAUACGAUGAUCUUAAGAAGUUGACGGAGGAACAGCAGCAGCAGCAGCCUCUGCCACCAACUGAAAACGAGAGCCAGCCACAAACUGUGAUCGAGUCCCCGGUGGAAAGGGAAGAUGAGACGAGUCGAACGUCUAUUGAGGCAGACAGGAGGCAACCGGAGGAGAAUGGAAUAUCGACUGAUACUGCGCAAGUGCCAUGCUCAGAGCCACCACCCACAGAGACAGCCGACGAGUGCGAGUCCCAACUGAUGCCAGAUAAUCAAACCCGGGAUGACUCACAGCCGGAACCGGAGCCAGCGCUGGAACCUGAAGUGGUAGCGGUAGCGAAGCCCUGGCCAGGACCCUACACUGUGCGCAUUAUGAGGGAGCUGCGCGAGGAGGAGGCGGAGCCGGAUACGUAUCUCCAAGACUACCGAUCUCCCAUACCACGGAACUACAGUAGUCCCUGCGAUGUCCAUGCCACCAUCUGUCCGUUCGAGCUGAUGGGACGCUGCGAGGAUGCGGACUGUUCCUAUCUGCAUUUGGGCCGCGUGGAGACGACACCGCUAGCACCAGCCCCUGCAUUAGGACCAUCAGCUGCCAAAAACCAAACUCUUUCAAACUAACCUUAAAAAAAAAAAAAAACAAACAAAA